GACGGAACAGCGGGAUAGUGCUAGUCACAUGGCAUGUGCUGUAACUAAGAGAAAAUUCCCCCUUUUGGGUCUUCAUCCUUUUUGGGUUAUCGGUCCUUUUUGUGAUGUUGCGGGUUUUCCAAUCAGUGUAGAAUCAAUGUGGUGUACCGAAGCAAUGUUAAUAAAGGUGCUGUGAACCGAAAUAAUCGUGCGAGAUUCCGUUCUGGUGCGUGCGUGAUCCUCGUGAAGAGCGAAGAAACGUGUGGUUGCGUGUGUGUCCAGUUUAUUUGCGUUGAUGACACAAGACGCAAAGAUCUCGCUCCGAGUAGAAUGAAAGUUUGAAAAAUAGAAAGAUCGUCUCCGUCGUCGUUCUUGGUUUUGUUCUUUCUGGUUGAUCUCGACCGCGGUCGCCAGCCGUGAUAAGUGUGCGCGAAAACGGCAGAGUUGUUGCACGGGAAAGAAGUGCCGAAUUUCUUAUAUAAGUGUUGUGUAGUGGACAACCGAUCCGUCGCAUAUCCGCAUAAGCGUCUAGUGGUUCCAAAAGCGGCGCUUCCAAAAACAUCCGGAAGCCAAUCAUCGUCCGUGUUGUGUCGUCAUCGUCAAAAGAAAGUAAACAAAUCACGUCCGACCGUCCGGAGUAGUGUCUCGUGUGUUAAUUAGUUGUAGCUAAAACAAAGUGUCCAGAACCACAGAUUCGACUGAUAAGCAACGAUAAAUUAUCAUGUACACGAUGAAGCCGAUUCCCGUGCAACAGUUGGGGGCACAGGAGCAGCUGCCGCCGGCUGAACGGCUUCAGCGACAACCGAAAACUACGGCCAUCACCGAUGACUACGAGAUUUCCAACACCGUCCUGGGUUUGGGCAUAAACGGCAAGGUGGUACAGUGUAUGAGCAAGAAAACGGGGGAGAAGUACGCACUAAAGGUGCUUCACGACAAUGCCAAGGCCAGACGAGAGGUAGAACUACAUUGGCGGGCCAGCGGUUGUCGAAACAUUGUGAACAUUAUUGAUGUGUACGAGAACAGCUACAGUGGCAAUCGGUGCUUACUCGUCGUUAUGGAAUGCAUGGAAGGAGGAGAGCUGUUCCAACGAAUCCAAGAACGACAGGAUGGUCCAUUUACCGAGAGAGAGGCUGCUCAAGUUAUGCAUGAAAUCUGUGUCGCUGUUAAGUACUUGCACGAUUCCAACAUCGCACAUCGCGAUCUCAAGCCGGAAAACCUGCUCUACACUUCGCCCCACCCGAACGCCAUACUGAAAUUGACCGAUUUUGGAUUCUCGAAGGAAACGUUCAUCAAGGAUACGUUGCAAACGCCGUGCUAUACACCGUAUUAUGUCGCACCGGAGGUGCUCGGACCCGAAAAGUACGACAAGAGCUGUGAUAUUUGGUCGUUAGGAGUGAUAAUGUACAUUCUUCUUUGCGGCUUUCCACCGUUCUACAGCAAUCAUGGGCUAGCCAUUUCCCCAGGUAUGAAGGCACGGAUUCGCACCGGUCAGUAUGAUUUCCCAAAUCCGGAAUGGAAGAACGUGAGUCAAGCGGCAAAGGAUUUAAUCCGAGGGAUGCUCAACGUUGAGCCAGAAAAACGUCUCACAAUCGAACAAGUGAUGAUGAACCCUUGGAUACGACGAUACACGGAAGUACCUCAAACGCCCCUCCAUACAGGUCGAAUGCUGAAGGAAGGUGAAGAAAUAUGGCCCGAGGUACAGGAAGAGAUGACACGAUCGCUAGCCAAUAUGCGGGUUGAUUAUGAGAUGCACAUCAAGAAUCUGGACAGUUCUAAUAAUGCCCUGCUGAACAAAAGACGAAAGCGUGGUGAGGAGAAAGCUACCAAGCAGUAACCUAAGCAGGCUACCUGCAGUAAAGUAAAAUGCCAUCCAUCGUUGGCAUUGAGUUUGAUGAAGAGCAGCAAAAGAACAGACGCUGUUUGUGAAGGGAUCUGUUUGGUUUGUAGUGUAGUGGCCGUCAUUUAAUAUUCAGACGAUGAAAAUCGGGAAACAGCAUUUGAGGUGAGAUCGUUCUAACGUUUUUAUUUCUUGAUAGUUAAAUUUUCUUAAAACGACACACCGUUGAUAAAUAGUUCGGGUGUUUGUUAAAAAAGUAAACACAAUCCAUUUUUGCGCUUGCAAAGCAUUCAGCAAACUCCAUCACGCUACUAGUAUUUUCUGCAAUGCAGAUACCAUCAAUGUUUUCAUUUAUUUUCUUUUGUAUGCAACAUUCAAUCAAUAGAGCGAUUAGCGUAGCACCGAGAACAUUUGUUUUAGGCAGUAUGAGCAUUUUAAUUUUAAAACUUGUUUGAAUGUCGGAAGUUUAUUAACGAGUUUAAUUGUGAGAUUGAAAAACCAGAAAACAUCCUGAUUUAAUAGUAUGUCAAGCGGAUAAUAUCGUGGGCAUCCCAGGGCGAACAUUUCAUUCAAAAAAAAAAAAAACAAAGAUAGUUGCAUUAUGCGCAGAUUAGAUAAGAACACUAAAAUAUGUUCAAUCAAAGGAAAAAGACUCGAGUUGUGCGCUGUUAAUGAAGGUUGUGCGGUCCCAUUUGAGUCCGGCCACAUUUUUCAAGUGGGGCUUCAAGUAGAAACUGGAGAGGUUAACACAAAUCGUAAAAAAAUGCAUCAAUUAUGCGGAUUCAGGCAUAUAUUUUGAUCCCACUCAACAGCGUACCGUGUGUUCGGAUUGUAUAAUGUUUUACCUUUCGUGAAAUCAAGCGAAUUGAAAACGAGAAAACAUUCCGUUUAUCCUAUAUAAUUCAUUAACCAAUACAAGCCAUAACCGGGGGGAUCCACUGAGAUGGAUCUUUCUAAUGUUACUCACCUGUCUCUUCCGGAACCCAAUAGCUUGUUACUCUCUUUCUCUGUUCUUUCGAAAACAACGAAACGUGUUUCGCUUACCAAAGGGGGGGAUGAUAUACUGCUUAUGACCACAAGAUCACCAAGAUUGUUGGUUGUUUAUAAAAUUCGCUAAAUAAACCAGGACUCCUAUGAAGCCAUUCAAGGGUGCCUGUUAACAAUAAGUGA